AUGUCUGAGAAUACUGUCACCGUCAAUCUUACUCAGAUUGCCAAGAUGAUUGAUCACUCCCUUCUCCAUCCCACAAUGACCGACAAUGAUGUCCUGGCCGGCCUCGAGAUUGCCAGAGACAACAAUGUGGCAACCGCCUGCGUCAAGCCAUAUCACGUUCCUCUUGCGAAGCGAGAGCUCGCCGGAACUGAUGUUCGGGUGUGCCCUGUCAUCGGAUUUCCCCACGGAAACAGCACGACCAACGUCAAAGUGACCGAGGCUAUCGCUGCUGCCGAGGCAGGCGGCACUGAAAUUGAUAUGGUGGUCAAUGUUGGCAAGGUUCUUGGCGGCGAUUGGGACUAUGUGACCCAAGAAAUCGAUGCCAUUAAUAAAGCUGUAGUGAGCCAUGAUGCUAUUCUCAAAGUUAUUUUCGAAAAUGACUACCUCCAAUCUGAGCAUAUUAUUCAGCUUUGCAGAAUCUGCACCAAGCUCAAGGUUGCGUUUGUCAAGACAUCAACCGGGUAUGGGUUUGUCAAGCAAAGCGAUGGCUCCUAUAACUAUGUCGGUGCAACCAUAGACGACAUCAAGCUGAUGCGGGAGAACUCCGGCCCCGAGGUUCAGAUCAAAGCCGCGGGUGGUGUUCGCACGCUUGAUGAUUUGCUACAUGUCAUGAGCAUUGGCGUCACUCGCAUCGGAGCGACAGCAACCGUCGCGAUUUUGGAUGACGCCAAAAAGAGGGGUAUCGGCAGUGAACCCGUGACUGUGACAUUUAGACCCAUGGCCGAAAAGACAGGCGGAUACUAA